CAAACUCUGGUCAGACUGGUGCCGGUGUAUAAACUUAGUGUGCAAGAAGUGUGCUCAUUCGCGAAUAUAAAUAAAUUAAACAGCCAGUUUCCUGAUUUCGUACUACCCUGUUAGAAUGUCCCUGCAAACGGGCUUGGCUUUCAUUUUCACCAUAUUAGCCUCUGUUAGUAUCGUCGCAGCAAUUAUUUUGUUGGGCUGGUUCCUCAUCUGGAAGGCGUUUCUAUCGAAAUUUCGUCUGGUUCGCGAGCUGUUGGGUCAGGAGGAGCCGGAGGAUCAGCAACCCCUUGCUUGGGAUCACCAGAAUCAACAGCCACACCAGCACGGCAGAGCCAGGAAAGCUCGCCGAGACUAGGAAGCACGUCUACACAGCA